AUGAAUACUUUCAAUAAAAGAAAAGCAAUCAAUGAAUUAAAUCAAAGUCGGGGAAAAAUUGUAACUGAAGAACUCUUUUUGGUUGAUAGUGAUACGUACGCAAGACCUGAAAAUAAAUAUUAUGGAAUAUCAUUAGAAGAGGUAAUUAGUUUGUUUUUCAAUAAAAAAUUUGUAAAUAGUUUUUUGGAGCUAACAAAUCUUAAUUUAAGUAAAAUCAACUCAGAAAAAGAAGAGAUUUAUAAAAGAGAAUUUGAAGGAGGUUCCAAAAAGUAUAAAUUUAAGCCUAUUUCAAGGAUUACCAAAGAAGAGCUUUUUGAAUAUUGGUCUAUUACCUAA